CUCCUCCCGCAGACGAUGAAGAAGAAGUACUUCGUCCUUCGGCGGGAGACCGGGCCCGACACCCCCGCCCGACUCGAGUAUUACGAUUCGGAGAAGAAGUUCAAGUCGGGCGCCCAGCCGAAGAAACCCAUCAUCCUGCGCACGUGCUUCAGCAUCAACCGCAAGAAGGACCCGAAGCACAGUCACGUGAUCGCGCUCUACACCAACCACGACUCGGUGAGCAUGGCCGCCGAGUCCGAGGCCGAGCUCAACGACUGGCUGGGCUUCCUGCACCACCACAUGCACCAGGCCGUGGCGGGCAGCGACGGCCAGUCCAGGAAGCUCUAUGAGCACGUGUGGAUGGUGGAGAUCCAGCCCAGAAGCCUUGGCAGCAGUAAAGGGAUCACGGGAGAAUAUCACAUCUGUCUGACCUACAAGUCAAUUGCUCUCGUGCGGGUCGGAGAUAGUCAGAAGAAAAUCGAGUUCCCGUUAAACAGCAUCCGGCGUUGCGGCCACACAGGCUCCUUUUUCUUCUUGGGGCUGGGGAGGUCAGCCGUCACUGGCGCAGGAGACAUCUGGAUGCUAACGGAAGAUGCUGUCAUUGCUGAAAACAUGCAUGGUAUUAUUCGCAGAGCAAUGCAUGCUCCUUGCAACAACAUGAGUGAAGACCCAGUGUCCCGGAACGAACCCAGUCAAUGUCAAAUCAACGUUCAUUUGACAGUAGUGGGCAGUGCUGCCUGA